GGAGGCGGUGACUGUGUCGGCGACGGGGAUAGCGAAGCCGACGGCGACACUCUGGCCUUCCCCAUGCACACUCUAUGGUGGGUGAUGCCAAUCACAGCCAUGAAGAAAAAGGUGCUGUUGAUGGGGAAGAGUGGGUCUGGCAAGACCAGCAUGAGAUCGAUCAUCUUUGCAAACUAUAUUGCCCGAGACACCCGCCGCCUUGGGGCGACAAUUGAUGUGGAACAUUCUCAUGUUCGAUUUCUGGGAAACCUGGUACUGAACCUCUGGGACUGUGGUGGCCAGGACACCUUCAUGGAGAACUAUUUUACCAGCCAACGGGACAAUAUUUUCCGCAAUGUGGAGGUUCUGAUUUACGUGUUUGACGUGGAAAGCCGGGAGCUGGAGAAGGAUAUGCAUUACUACCAGUCAUGCCUCGAGGCUAUCCUUCAGAACUCCCCUGAUGCCAAGAUCUUUUGCCUCGUGCACAAAAUGGAUCUCGUUCAGGAGGAUCAGCGGGACCUGAUUUUUAAGGAACGUGAAGAGGACCUGAGGCGGUUGUCCCGCCCAUUGGAAUGUGCUUGUUUUCGAACAUCUAUCUGGGAUGAAACACUGUAUAAGGCCUGGUCCAGUAUCGUCUAUCAGCUCAUCCCCAACGUUCAGCAGCUGGAAAUGAACUUGAGAAAUUUCGCCCAGAUUAUUGAAGCGGAUGAGGUGCUUCUCUUUGAAAGAGCUACUUUUCUGGUAAUUUCCCAUUACCAGUGUAAAGAACAACGUGACGUCCACAGAUUUGAGAAAAUCAGCAACAUCAUCAAGCAGUUCAAGCUGAGCUGCAGCAAGCUGGCGGCCUCCUUCCAGAGCAUGGAAGUGCGCAACUCGAACUUUGCUGCUUUCAUUGACAUCUUUACUUCCAACACCUACGUGAUGGUAGUCAUGUCUGAUCCGUCGAUACCUUCUGCAGCCACCCUGAUCAAUAUCCGCAAUGCCAGGAAACAUUUCGAGAAGUUGGAGAGAGUGGAUGGACCAAAGCACAGCCUUCUCAUGCGCUGAAUGUGGUCACGUGACACUUUGGGAACCGUUGGAACUCCAUUGUGUUCUUGGUUUGGUCUUGAGUUUUGAGAAUUUAGUAUUGCUAUUGUGCAUUCAGGCUUUGAGAUAAAUGCUACUUGUCACCUCUAUAUUCUUACCCUGUGCUCCCCCCUCUUCCAAAUAAAACACAAACAUACACAUACACUCCCCCCCUACCCCCUACACAUACAUGUACCUACACAUGCAUAUAUCCACAGACACUUAACCCAUACCCAUAAUAUAGUCUCACACAGACACACAUUCACACAUGCAGGACACUAUUUACUUAAAUAUCAUCAAGAGACCCAACAGGGCCUGAAGAAGGUCUUCAUUCAUGUAAAGGGAGGGGUUCGUAGGGCAUGAGGGAAAGGGACUUGCACAUCAUAUAUUAACAUAGUUCUGAUAAUUAUGCAUGCCAAGCCUUUACUUUGGGAUAUUCUGCCUCUGAUUAUAAAUGACAUGGAUGGAAUUCUGCUCCUUUAUCAGCAGGAUGCUACAAAGCAUUUUGAAAUUCCUCCUUGUUCUCAGUCAUGAAAGAAAAUGUUAACUCCUUAGGGAUUCCUAGUUCCCUGAAGCUUGCAAGUGUUUAUCUUUUCGCUAUAUUGUUUUUGUCCUUGUUGCCAUUGGCCAAAACCUCAGGAUCUUCAGGCGUCCAUCACCAUUUUAUUCCUGGAGAAUUCCUGUAUUACCCACCCAAUGGCAAAUUUGUAUCAGUCUUAUGUUAUCUGUAUUAAUCAUCUGACAAAAUAAAGUACUUAUGGCAACGAAA